CCUGUUUAGUAAGAGGAAUCAAGGCAAGCAAUCGUGUUGGCCUUUUUGCCGUUAGAAUCUCAUGUUUUGCUUUGUUUUUGGGUUGAAAAUUGAAAUGAAAAUGGAGUUGUGGCGGUGGUGGUGGUGUUGAUAACGACCACACUCAAUCUCUUGCUUCAUUUGAAGAAGCAACCACCCAGGAAGGAAAAAAAGAACAAGAUCGUUGCUUUCUUGUUCAAUAGAAAAUCCCAUUUCCUUACUUAUUCAGCUUUUAAUUUAAACUGUUCUAGAGGAUGGGAGAUCAUUUUGUGUUGCUUGUCGAUCGGCUACUAACGGAAUCCACUCUUGAAGCUGCUAUUGAGAGUAAAAACCAAUCACAGCAAGGCAUGUCCUCAGCAAGCAAAGAUGAUAUGAUUGAGUUUUCAUCUCAUAGGAUGGAUGAGAAUGUUGGUUCAUCUCCAAGUAAAUUGGUGGAAUGUAGGAUAUGCCACGAUGAGGAUGAAGAUUUGAACAUGGAGAUACCCUGUUCUUGCCGUGGCAGCUUGAAGUAUGCCCACCGCAAAUGCGUUCAAAGGUGGUGCAAUGAGAAGGGUGACACCAUCUGUGAGAUUUGCCACCAGCAAUUUAGGCCUGGUUAUACAGCACCCCCUCCUUUAUUUCAUUAUGGAGGUGUUCCUAUGAACUUCAGAGGAAAUUGGGAAAUUUCCAGGAGAGACCUGCCAGCUCCUCGUUUUAUAACAAUGGUUACUACUGAUCGUGAUUUUCUGGAAUCAGAUUUUGAUGAUUAUUCGGCUCCCAGUUCUCGAAGCCUGAUUUGUUGCCGUGUCAUUGCUAUAAUUUUCAUGGUUCUUCUGGUUUUGCGCCACACUCUUCCAAUCAUAAUCAGUGGAGCUGGGGACUACUCUUUGACAUUGUUCACUUUACUAAUGUUGAGAACUGUUGGGAUUCUGUUGCCUAUAUAUAUCAUGGUUAAGGCAUUCACGGCUAUCCAACGUCGUCGACACCAUCAGGAUCCUCGCUUUUCCCUAGCUGCGUCAGAUGAAGAAAGUGAAUUACCACAACUGCAGCAGCCACACUCACGUUUUAUAGGUAUGCAUUAAACGCAAUGCGGCAGCUUCCUCUCAUUCUUUAGGAAUCUACUGGUAGUGCUAGAGGGAGAAGAAAAAAAAUGAAGGGGAUAUACACAGGUGAUGUCAUCUUUAACAUAGCGGAGCACAAGCGCCAGGAUCAUAAGAUGAAAUCAGCAGAGGAUUCAUGUUUGGUCAGAAUGAAUGCAUAUUCUACUACUACUGUGAACAGUUACGAAAACAUUCAAAUGGGUAUAUAUAUAAAUUUAGCGUACAAAGAUUGCUAGGUUCAAA